GCGCAGAACCUGGGCCGCUUCCUCAACGAGUCACUCAAGCUGUUGGGCCACUGGAAGUCGGGCGAGGAGGUCUACCGCAACGAGUGCGCCAAGCUGCCCGGCUUCUCGACCUCCUUCAUCAACCAGCAGGCCAACGCCAAGAAGGCGUCCUACGAGGACUUCGUCAAGGCGGUGGUCUUCAAGUGGUACUGCAAGGCGCUGAUGGCGUGCCUCGACUCCAAGGAGUACAUGGAGGUGCGCAACGCGCUGCACGUGCUCACGCGCAUCAUCGAGGUCUUCCCGGGGAUGCGCAAGCUGUGCGAGCACCUCGAGCGCAAGGCGCCGGAGAAGGGAGAGAUGGGGAGAUCUGGGGGAGAUCUGGGGAAAGAUGGGGAG